GACUGGAUAAAUACAAACUGGACUGACGGAGGUGCGACUGACUGAAUGAAAAAAAAAAAAAACACUGAGAAGCUGACUGAGGCUAAAAAGAGAGAUGUUGCAGAGAAACUAAAGCAUAAAGGAUAAUCAAAUAGAUACAAGAGAACAAGGUUCUAUAAAAUUGAAAGUCACAAAAAUAACUAAAUAAAUAAAGAAGUACUGAAAUAAAAAGAAACAAACUACACACAGACACAUCAAGUUUUUACUAUCAGGCUCAGAAAAUCUAUCAUACGUUUUCAUUUACAUGUAAACAAGGCCUAAAGCUUAUAAUUAAACCUGAUUCCAGUCAUUUCAUCUCUAAUUCACAUCUUCUUGCAUGUGACCAAAACAUCUCUUUUAUUUGUGAGACACUUAAACAAAACCACACUAAAUAGAAGCAGAACGAAAUGAAUCUGCCUCUGAACUUUGCUGCCUCUCAUGCAGUUCGAAGCGAACGCCACACUAUCUAGUUCAGAACUGUGAUGGGUUGAUACUAAAAUACUGAUACCACCAAUACCAGAUAUUUAUAUAUCUAGAAUUUAUUCUAAAAUCAAAAAUACUUCAGUCUUUUCAAGAAAUAAAUCAUUAACAGGAACACAGUCGAAAGUAACUGAACUAUUCAAAUCUAUCAGUCUGUUAUGUUCAUUUAAUGUAAAUUAAGACACAAGUUUUCAUUUUUUGUAUUAGUUCUUGAUGUUUAAAUAAGAAUUUAUUUUAAUGAUUUUAUUAUUUUGCUUCAUUUUUUGUUUAAAACACAUUUCUUGCAUAUUUUAUAGGAUUGGGUCCUCUGUUUUUUGUCUUACAUUGAAACUUGUUCUUGUAAAUGAGGAUGCUGCAUCAAUAGGCUUCAGAGUUUCAAAUGAAUAAAAAACCACGCCUUGUGUUCUUUACAAAGUGGUGAUUUGACUUUCACUACUUUCCUUUAGAUUUACCUGACGCAUCAGGUGGAUUUGCACAAAGCAUCAGUAUGUGAUGGCAGCCUGAGUUUUAUUUGGUAUCAGUAUCAGAAAGGAAAACGAUGGUAUUGGACACCACUAGCUCUGAACUGGAAGGGAAACAUCUUCAUCUACAACAGAAAGAUUUGUGGUGCUGCCGAACUUUUAUUUCUCUGGACAGCCAAAGGAAAGAAGAACCCCUAAAACAUCAAGAAACAUCCAGCAUGGAUUAAGGGCCUGUCUCGUUAAAGCAGACUGUGAGAACUAACCCGAUCCUAAUAAGAGAUGACAAAGGACAAAAAACUGUACAGACAAGACGGAGAACAAUCUGCGGAGGAGGAAUCAUGGUCAGAGGUAGAAAAAGACGUGACCUACGUCCCCUCUGGUGCAUCAUGUCUCAAGCAAGAGAAAGCAGUGAAGGAAGUCAGAGGAGCUUGUCCUGGCUCAUUCUGGUAUGCCUCCUGUUCAAAAUAUUCCUACAUGUAGGGACUGCUUCACCUCCUGCCGGCACAAUCUCUUACCAACAAUGAUGAGGAACUCCCAACUGCUCACCACUGGAUACUUCGGCAAAGCACACUCCAAGCCUAAAGGAAAAUGUAGCCACGGAGGUAUUGUGGACAGCAGUCGACAUCAGAGCGCCAGAGGAGGAAUCAACAAAGACAGCACCUCCCCGCUCUUCUCCCCUCAUCAUUAUCUUCAUAAAGAAGCUGCAAGUUUAGCUACUGAAGCCACCCUGACUGUACUGAAAGACCUCAGAGACACAGUCGGCCCCAAGGCCUUCCUCAAGCUCUUCAUGGUCAAGGAGGCCCCUGCACUGGUGUUUGUCAUGGACACCACGGGCAGCAUGUUCGAGGAGAUCACUGCGGCUCGACUCAGAGCUCACUCCAUCAUCCAGAGCCGGGCCAACCACACCGAGCAUCCUGGCACCUUUCUGCUGGUGCCCUUCCAUGAUCCAGAUAACAUUUCUCCUCACUGAAGACCCCAGCCACACCACAGGGAAGAGGAAGAGGAGGAGUAAGGAACUUCUGUCCCCUGAUCUUUUCUCCCUCUACUCCUCGCUGUCCUCCCUGUCAGGAGGACUGAUGGUUUACACCACCGACUCUGACAUUUACAAGGUCUCAACCAUCGUGGAGGACAACAUAGCUGCUGACAAGGUGACCCUCCUCCAUGUGGAAAGUCCUCAGGAGUUGAUGUCUAAAC